CUCCCUAUGCAAGCUGCCGCCAUUAUAACAGAUGUUGACUUCAUCAUUUGCAUGGGUGUGUUUGCAGGCCUUGACAUGGUAUUGUCCACCUGGGGGCUUCUCGCCAACACAAUCAACGUGAAAACGAUCGCGGCCAUGGGCCCGGACGAUGGUGUCACCGUCUCGUUCCUGUACCUCUCCUUGUCGGAGGGGCUCUGCUGCCUCCUGGCCUUCGGUCAAAAAUUAGCCAUGGCGUUUUGGGUGAUGGAAAUGGCGACCGGCUACGCGGCAUGGUUCCACGUCAACCCUUACGUCUUCAACGUGUUACUGGGCAACAUCCGCACCAGUUUUUUUAUGAUACCUGUUCUGGUUACAACGUUUCUCGCAGUGGCCAAGUGCUUGUGUGUGGUCAAACCACUAGGAUUCCGAGGCAUGUUUCCAGCCAGGACCACGCACUGGGUGAUGAUUUCAAUCUGCGUUUUCUCCCUCGUGUCCUACCUCCCCGUCAUAACCACCAUAUUUGUUGUGGAUCAGUUCGAUGAAGCAGUCAAUGCGACGCGUCUCACCGUGCGGUUUUCUCCGGAGCGCCCGCUCAUACAAAACAUCAUCAACACGUCAAGAGAAUCGUUCACUGCCCUGGCGUCACAGAUUGUCAUCGUUGUUUGCAUUGUCAUCAUGACACGAGCCCUGUUGAGGGCUGUAAAACUCCGAGAUGAAUUACGAUCCGGAAAACUCUCUGAGAUGGUUUUGUGCAAUAGCGACGACCUGACGACGCGUAAGACGAAUCGACUCAGCGGUAAGGAACUGCGAGUUAUAAUUCAGGUGACGCUAAUCUCAAUCGUCUACAUUGUGUCCAACACUCCAAAGAUUUUGGUCUUCCUGGCCAUAGCCUCUGUGCCCGAGUUGUCCCAAGGAGGUCUCUACCAAAACCUCUACGAUGUUAUCUUAAAGUCCAAGGCCCACUCGGAACUGUACCUCUCAGCGUUUAACAUUUUUAUCUACUACAAGUACAACUCCAAGUAUAGACACCAUUGCAAGCUAUGA